AUGUCCGACUACAACCAAUACAACAACCAGCAGUACGGCCACCAAGGUGGCAACUACUACAACGACCAGCAACAAGGUGGCUACCCACCCCAACACGGCGGUUACGGCCAGGAGCAGCACGGUGGUCAACAGCAGCCCCAAUAUGGCCAGCAGCCUCAGUACGGCCAGGACGGUCAGCAGUACAACCACCAGCAACAGGGAUACGGUCAGCAGGACUACAACCAGCAAGGAUAUGGCCAGCAGCCCGCCUACGGUGAGCAGAGCCACCAGCAGCAAGGUUAUGGUCAGCAGGACUACAACCAGUCUGGACAUGGUCAGGGCCAACAGCACCAGUAUGGCCAGGAUGGUCAGCAGUAUGGUGACCGUCAGGGAUACGACCAAUCUGCCCCCGGCGGCGCUCAAGAUGGCGAGCGUGGUCUAGGCGGUGCCCUUGCUGGUGGUCUCGCCGGCGGUCUUGCCGGUCGCCAGGCAAACCACGGUAUUCUGGGAACGAUCGGUGGUGCCAUCAUGGGCAGCAUCGCUGAAGACUUCAUCAAGGACAAGAAACACAAGAACGACAACAACCCAUACCAGGGUGGCCAGGGUGGUUCAGGAAGCUCCUUUGGAGGCUUUUUCGGCAAAUAG